ACUGAACAUGUGUGACUUAUAACCUCGACCAAUGUUUACAUUUUAAACAUUUUAAAAUCUACUCCAAAAAUUAAAAAAGAAGAAACAGCUGGUAAUGACUGGAAAUAAAAAAAAAUUUUAAUUAAUUAUUUAAGUUGAUGACUGUUGACAAGUUUAUUUAAAAAUGUUGCGAAUAUUACGUGAGUAUGUGAAGAAACCAAAAGGAAGUCGGAGUGUCAGCACUUGGUCACCCUUAGCAAAAGCUUUUAAUACUUCUGGAUUGACAGAAGCUUUGUCAGUUAAUAAUCUAUCUCGUCAAACAAGUGGAUUAUUUGGAGUACCAGAGCUGACAACCGCAGAAGGAUUCACAGAAUUAAAAUCCCAAGCAAUCAAUGACUCGGACCGUCUGAUAGCUGAAGCAGUAGGCCAUGGAAGAACCCGUAAAAUGGUUCAGAUCUUCGACGACCUGUCAGACUCUCUCUGCAGAGUUGCAGACCUGGCAGAGUUCAUCCGGAUGGCGCACCCAGAUCAAAAGUACGCUUUAGCAGCAGAAGACACCUGUCUGGCAGUGAGCGGGAUCGUCGAGAAACUGAACACCCACCAAGAGCUCUACACCUCUCUGAGCAAAGUCGUUGCUUCUGGUGACAUAGUCCCGACCUCUGAAAUAGAUAACCACGUGUCUAAAUUAUUUCUGUUUGACUUUGAGCAGUGUGGGAUCCACCUUCCGGAGAAUCUCCGUCGCCAGGUGGUGCGUAUCAACGACAAGAUCCUCCAAGUAGGCCAGAAGUUCAUGGCAGGAGCCGUCACCCCUCGGUCUGUCGACUGCGAGCUGCUUCCUGAGCACAUCAGGCAGUACUUCAUGAAAGAAGGAGAUAAUAUUUUGGUCUACGGUCUUUUUACUGAUUCUGCGAACGCUUUGGCGCGUGAAGCUGCUUAUAAGAUAUUUUUGUACCCGGACGACCGACAGGAGAGUCUUCUGCAGCAGCUCCUAAACUCCAGGCACCAGCUGGCCGAAAUUUGCGGGUUUCCUACGUACGCGCAUCGCGCUAUCAAAGGAAGCACCGUCGAGACUCCAGAAGUAGUCAGAGAAUUUUUGGAUAUUUUAAACCUCGAGUUAAAAACUAGAGCUGCAAAUGACUUCGACACAAUGCGGGAUAUGAAAAUUAAAGAAACUGGAACCCAGCUGCCUUUGAUGCCCUGGGACACGACUUAUUUCACGACGAAAGUCAAAAAAACCUGGCUCGGAACCUCCAACAAUGAAUUCGCGCCGUAUUUUUCUUUAGGAGCAUGCAUGGAUGGUCUCAAUAUCUUGACUCAGAGCUUGUACGGAGUAAGACUUGAACCCGAGCCUGCGGACGCUGGAGAAGUCUGGGCGCCUAGCGUGCAAAAGCUCGCGGUGGUUCAUGAAUCUGAAGGAACUCUAGGACACAUAUACUGCGACUUUUUCGAACGCGCUGGAAAGGCCAAUCAGGAUUGCCAUUUUACAAUCAGGGGAGGAAGAAUGCUGGCGGAUGGCUCCUAUCAGAACCCGGUGGUUGUUCUGAUGCUGUCGCUGCCUUCACCUAGGUGGAAUAAUCCUUGUUUGCUCUCACCUUCGGCUGUCGAUAAUUUGUUCCAUGAAAUGGGACACGCGCUGCAUUCUAUGCUCGGGAGAACACAGUAUCAACAUGUUACAGGAACUCGCUGUAGUUCAGAUUUCGCAGAAGUACCAAGUGUAUUAAUGGAAUACUUUGCAAGCGACAAAAGAAUAAUAAAGCUCUUCGCCAAGCACUAUCAAACCCAAGAACCAUUGCCCGACGACAUGAUAGAGAAGCUCUGCGCCUCUAAGAACGUAUUUCCAUCCUCGGAAUUACAAGUCCAGGUUUUCUACAGCAUGCUGGAUCAAAUGUAUCACUCCAACAAGAUCCAAGGCUCUACAACAAAAAUUCUGGAGGACAUCCAGAACAAAUACUACGGACUUCCCUAUGUAGAGAACACUGCUUGGCAGCUGAGGUUCUCCCACUUGGUCGGCUAUGGCGCAAAGUACUAUUCGUACCUUAUUUCUCGUGCAGUCGCUUCCUGGAUCUGGCAGACGUACUUCCAGAAAGACCCGCUCAGCAGGUCAGCCGGUGAAAAGUAUCGCAGAGAGUGUCUCGCUCACGGAGGUGGCAAGCCGGCUUCCAAAGUCGUCUCUGACUUUUUAAAUAAAGAAGCCAGUGCUGGUAAUUUUGCGAACGCUCUUGUUAACGAGAUCGGCGAAAAAGAUCAGCAUGUUCAAUCGAUCAUGGCUCUGAAUAAAUAAUUGUUAAUAUGUCGCGGCAAAAGGUCCCAGUGAAAAGCCAUAGGGGCGUAUAAAAAUUUUUUUUUCGGAAAUCGACGUAUUUUCGUCCGAAAUGUGCAGAAAUG